AUGCGCAGUAGCAGGAAGGGCAGCCUUAAUGACGAGAGCGAGGUGGAUAGUACGAUGGACAGUGAAGACGAUAAUGUAGAGGAUAGCAAUGACGAGAGCGAGGAAGGCAGUGCAGAGGGUAGUGAAGAGGAAAAUGCAGAGGAGAGUGUAGAGGAGACAGAGGAAUACAUGGGAGGCCAGAUCUAG